AUGUUUAAAAUUCUAUUUCUUUGGAUUGGCUUACUCGUAGCUUUGAGCCAAGGACGUCCAAGUUAUCUGCCGCUGGACUAUAGCGCCGUUGAAUAUUCACCAAGCAUUGUGGGAUAUGAAUCCCUGGCCUUGCCUGCAGCAGUGUCUCAUCAGAGUUCCACGGUGGUGCACGAAAAACGUCCUUACUGGCGACCUGUUGUGAAGUCCUAUGCUCCCUACUCUUCCCCUUUGGUAACCUAUGAUCCUUUAAGCUAUGGCAGCGCUGGAUGGCAAUACGAUCAAGGAUGGAACUACCCUAACAUUUACCUCAAGUGA